AUGCUGCGUUGUGUGAAGCGAAAAUCAAGUAAGAGUAGGACACCGGUGACCGGUAGUUCAAAUGAAAGAGGCUGUUCCACAUUACCACGUAUGUUUCAUCGGUCGGAUAGUGAAGAAGAUAUUUCAGAAAAGCCGUCAUCUUCAUCUUCCAAUAGGUUAACAAGAUGGACGAUGGAAAAGAAAUCCGCUACAUUAACAGCUGGCUCCACAUUAUCUUCUGGAAAUGAGACGAAAUCAAAAAGCAAACCUUUCACAUUUCUGCGUACAUUAUCUUUGGGUUCAUUAUUUUCUCCCUCAAGAAAACGUCGAAAAGAUGAUUCAACUACCGCUUAUUCUUCAGGUUUAAUGUCACCUGAUGUAGAGUUACAAACAUUAUCAAAUGAGUCACAGACUAAUAUUCAACAGAGACAAAAUGAAACUGAUGUUAGUCCAUCAGAAGGAUCCCUAACACCAACGGCUGAUGAAACCUAUAGACCUCAGUUUUGUAAGCAAGAGUUAUACUUAGAGAAAUUAACAAGAGAUGCCUAUAACUAUCCAAGAGACGAGACAAAUAAAACUCCAACAGAUGAAAACCCACAUAUUGUAUCUGAGGGAAAACAUUUGAAAAGAUAUCCAGAUGAUCAGCACGAUUCAGGUAGAAGUUCAACCAGAGAAUCAGCAGAUGUUUCUGUAGCAUCUGAAGGACCAAAAAAGAAACCGGCCAUAAAUGGUUUGCCUAUUGAACUUGAAACGAAAGCAGCACCACCUGAUAAACAUUCGCAAGUCUUACCUAAUUCAAAACAGGGUGAUAUUAAUCAAAGUUUUCUACGAGCAGCUAGGGCAGGAAAUUUGGAGAAAUUACGUGAAUUACUCAACAAAAUAACAGACAUCAACAUCUCGAAUACUAACGGACUGAAUGCGCUACACUUAGCGUGUAAAGAAGGCCGAACUGACGUUGUAAAGGAAUUAUUAUCACAUGGCGCGUCAGUUUAUAUGAUCACAAGAAAAGGCAACUCUGCUUUACAUAUUGCUAGCCUUGCAGGACAUCUAGAGAUCGUAAAAUUAUUAGUUGACCAUGGGGCUGAUAUAAAUGCGCAGUCUCAAAACGGAUUUACACCUCUUUACAUGUCGGCUCAAGAAAACCAUGUUGAAGUUGUUCAGUACCUUCUGGACAAAUCUGCUAAUCAGGCUUUAUCAACGGAGGAUGGUUUCACACCACUUGCAGUGGCACUACAGCAAGGACAUGAUCGUGUUAUAAGUCUGCUACUGGAAAGGGAUUCUCGCGGAAAAAGUCGCUUACCCGCUCUACAUAUUGCUGCGAAGAAAGAUGAUGUUCAUGCUGCUAAAUUGUUACUCAAUAACAGCGAAAUAAAUGUGGAUCACACAUCGGCUAGUGGAUUUACUCCUUUACACAUUGCCGCUCACUAUGGGAAUGUUAAUAUAGCUAAGUUGUUGAUUGAGAAAGGAGCGAAUAUUAAUUACCAGGCAAAAAAUUGUAUAACACCGUUACAUGUAGCUGCUAAAUGGGGAAAGAACGAAGUUCUAAGCGAAUUGAUACUAGCAGGAGCUGAAGUAAAUAGUCGUACGCGAGAUGGACUAACACCUUUACACUGUGCAUCUCGUGCGGGUCAAACUGCUACGGUGGAAUAUUUAUUGAAAAAUGGAGCUGAUCACACUUUGAAAACAAAGAAUGACUUGACGCCAUUGCAUUUAGCUGCACAAGGUGCUAAUGAAAGUGUUGUACGAUUACUAUUGCGGAAUGGUUCUAAUCCGGAUGAUGUGACCAUUGAUUAUCUCACCCCUCUACAUGUUGCAGCCCAUUGCGGUAACGUGGACGUGGCUCGUGCUUUAUUGAAUUCCCAUUGUAAUGUUAAUGCAAGAGCUCUGAAUGGGUUUACUGCACUUCAUAUCGCAUGCAAAAAGUCACGAGUUGAAAUGGCUUCAGUUCUUCUUAAAUAUGGCGCUCUACUUGAAGCAGCCACGGAGACUGGUCUCACUCCAUUACAUGUGGCUGCAUUUUUUGGGUGUACAGACAUUGUCUCAUUUCUUUUACAACAUGGUACGAAUGUGAAUCAAACAACGUUGCGUAAUGAAACUGCACUACAUUUAGCGGCUAGAAAUAAACAACUGGAGACAGUGAAAACUCUUCUUGGUUACCAGGCAAAUUUAGAUUGCCGUACAAGAGAUAAUCAAACACCCUUACAUGUCGCUGUCCGUACAAACUAUCUGCCAAUUGUUGAAUUGUUAUUGAAUGCUGGUUCUGAUCCUAAUAUAAUGACAAAAGAUAAUUAUACACCAUUACACAUGGCUAUUAAAGAAGACUCAGAAGAUAUUGUUAGAAUAUUGAUUGAGCACGAUGCUAAUCCGGAAGUUAAAACAAAGAAAGGAUUUACACCCUUACACUUAGCAGCAAAAUAUGGUUCAUGCAAAACAGCUCACUUGUUAAUGGACAGAGCAAAGUCUGAUCCGAACGCAACUGGUCCCAAUGGCUUCACGCCUGUACAUGUGGCCACAUAUUACAAUAAUAACAAAAUGUUGGAUAAAUUGACAGAAUUUGGAGGUGAUGUCAAUCGACCUGUUAAGAAUGGCUUUACACCACUUCAUCUGGCAGCCAAACGAAAUAAUCUAGAUUCAAUCCAUUUAUUAGCAUCUAAAGGAGCCGUAACUGAUAAGGGUUCAAGGAACGGUUAUACACCACUUCAUUUAGCUUCACAAGAUGGUCAAAUCGAAAUAGUUAAAGUUCUUGUUGAAAAAUACAAAGCUCAAGUGAAUACUGCAGCCAAGGAUGGUUUAACACCACUACAUUUGGCGGUACAGGAAGACAAAGCUAACGUAGCCGAAUAUUUAUUAAGUUCAGGCGCAUCCAUUGAUACGAAGACACUGAAAGCUGGGUUUACACCGCUACAUUCAUCUGCUUAUAGGGGACAGCUCGCCUCUGUUCGUCUACUUCUAUCAUGUGUCCCUGAACAUCAACUUCAGCAAGUUAUAAACAGUCGCACUCAUAUGGGUUCAACUCCACUGCAUUUGGCAGCCCAACAAGGUCAUCUACAAGUAGCUCUAAAACUGAUUCAAAUGGGAGCUGAUCCAAACAUUUGUAAUAAGCAAGGAUGGACAGCAGCAAAAUUAGCUCAUAAGCAGCAUUAUUUGAACUUGUUCGAACUGUUGCAAUCAGUUACAACUAAUGACGGUGACGGAGGUUUACCUAGUUCAAAUGGAAUAGAUGAUAAUGUAAAUCUAAUCCACGGUGUAAUGCCCUUAGAAAAAGCGGAAUAUAUGACUGAUCAUAUGAUCUCAGAUAGUGAAGAUGAAGCCGACCUUUUAUCUACACCAGCAAUGUUUCGAUAUCCUGAACAACGUAAAGAAACGUUAGAUGAACCAGAUAACGAUAUAACAUCAAUUCCAAGUACACCAACUUUGGAUAAUAAACUCAUAUCAGUCCGCCCAACAACACUGCGUAUUCCUGAAUAUUUAACUGCCUUAGGAGGUGAAACUCUUUGCUCUGGUCUUCAUGAAAGUAUGACCGAAGAACGUGUGAAGCCAAUGCUCAAUGGAAAAGGUGAAACAGCUACAGCUUCACAACAGCCAGUUCAGAUGACAAUUAAUGCAUCUUCACCUGCCGCUCUAUCAGAAUGGGAUUUCGAUGUGGAUAAUGUGCAUUCGACGAAGAAUUUAGUUAAGUCGGGGUUUCUUAUCUCUUUUAUCAUCGAUGCUCGAGGUGGCCUUGUCGAAGCUCAAAGACGACCUGGUUUACGAUUUCUUGUACCACCUAAUGCACCAUCUGGACCACUACGUAUAAUUUGUCGUUUACUCCGCCCAGAAGCGAUUGACAAUCCACCAAUUUUUAAUGACGGUGAUUGCUUAGCCUGUCGGAUUAUUGAAAUGAAUCCAAACCAGAUGCGCUUCAGUUUACCUAUACUUGUUGAGGUGCCUCAUAUAGCAUCUGUUAAAGGAAGAGAACGUGAAAUUAUAAUUGUUAGAAGUGAAACGGGAAAUUCAUGGAAAGAACACACAUUAGAAGCAAAUGAGCAGGCGAUAAAUGAUUCGUUGGGUGAUGCAUUUGAUCAUUCUGACUUGAAUACUUCAAGUCUUAACAAACGCAUUCAUCGAAUUUUGACCUACGACCUUCCACAAUAUUUCGCGUUAAUUUCGAGAUUUCGUCAAGAGGUUGCUUUCAUUGGUUCAGAUGGUGGAAUUAUUAGCUCCACCGUAGCACCACAAGUCCAAGCUGUGUUUCCUCCAGGAUCACUUCAAAAAAGAAUUAAAGUUGGCUUGCAAGCCCAAAUUAUUCCUAAUGAUGUCAUCAACCGUUUAGCGGAUGGUCGUGUUUCUGUAUCUCCUGUCGUAAGCAUUGAGCCAAGACGACGCAAAUUUCAUAAGCCCAUCACACUUACGAUACCGGUUCCACGUCAUCCAGCCAAAACUAUUCCAGAUACAACAAACAGCUCACCAAAAGUUCGACUUCUAUGUAGUCUAUCUGGUGGAAUAAAUCCAGCCGUAUGGGAAGAUAUAACUGGUUCAACACCUAUGACACAUCAUAAAGAUUGUGUUUCAUUUACUACAACUGUUUCUGCUAGAUUGUGGUUGAUGGAUUGCCCACCUGAUAUUCCGGUUACAGAGCUAGCAACUCGCAUUUACGAUGAAAGCAUUGAACCACCGAUUUUGGGGAGAUUUGUUAUUUAUGCUCGUCAGUCGACCGAUCUAGAAACAGAAGUUGAACUAAAAACGUCAGAUAAACUACAAAGACAACUUCCUCAUGCUCAAGAUAUGAAGAGAAGUAUUUCACGCACCAAAACGUUUUCAACCGAAUUCGCUCAAAUUAGGUGCAUUUGCCUGACAGACGGCAACAAUGACAAAACUCUGGAGUGUUUAGAACAUUAUUGUCAAGUUGCGAUCGGUCCAUUUGUAGAGAUUCAACAAAAUAAGCCUAUCUGGAUUGAAAUGGUUGGAAAUCUGGUACCAGUGUUAAGAUCUGAUGAACAGUUGAACUUUGCCAUUCGACCAUUCCAUGAUAACAGAAUUACAUUCCCAGUUCGAUUGCGAGACGUACUGGAUCAUGAACCAGAUUCAAGUACAGUUACUGGAAAAAUUGCAUUUGUACGUGAACCACGCAAAGCUCAAACAACUUUGGAUAUGACUAGCGCACAACAGCAACGUAUAAUCACUCUAUUAGAAUUCAAGCUACCAAUUCCAGAUAAAACUAUUGUGAUAUCUACAAGAGAUAAUCGUCUGGCUGACGCGCUCACUAAAAUAAAUCACUUUGACGCUAUUCCUCCAGUCAUGACUGACUUACACCCAGUAACGAUGAAAGAAGAAAGAAUAACUGAAACUGACGUCUUCGAGGGACGACCUAUCCUGCCAUUGGUUGCUAAAGAAAUUUUACCACAAGUAACAUUAAAUGAAGUACUGACAUAUCCGAGACGUGAAGCAAUAAAUAGUUCUUUAGACAUGAAAUAUCAGAAAAUGGAAGAAAAGAGAAAACAAGAAACAGAUACAGUGUUUUCUUGGUCUGAAAAUGCAUUUCUUUCGUCAGAUGAAGGUGUUUCGACUAUUUCGGCUUCUGGUGAAACAGAUGAUCUUCGUAAACCAGAAGCAGCAGUUUUACAGUCUGUUUCACAGGCUGAUGUUACAGACCAAGAAAAACUUCCUGUUGAUGUUCAUACUGUUCCAACCAUGUUUACUUCAGUUGAAAAUGCAUCAGAUCAGAUAUUAGUGUUAAGUCACUAUGACGACGUCACUGAAGAAAAACCACAUGUUCACUGGCAAGAAGCUUUGCUAGCACAUUUGGAAUCAGUUGGCGUUCGUUUAGAUUUGCCAACAAAGUUCAGUCAAUUAGCAGACAAGCAAAUCGAAGAACCAGAUAGUCAAAUAACAGAAGUUUUCAUGAAACCAAUAUCUCAAUAUGUUGAACAUAAAUCUACUUCAACUGACAGAAAACAGAUAAAAUAUGUCGUACAAGAAUUAUUAGAUGCCAUUGGACCACAAUUCGUCGACACUGCUUUAGUUGAACAACUACUGCCAACUGAUCGUGGAGAAAUAAUGGAAGAUAUAAUUGAACCUAGAACAUUUGAUCGUAAGGAACAGACAAUCUCACUUUUGAAGGAUUCUCAAAGAGUUAGAACCAUAUCGACCGUAACACCUUCUCAAUCCCCUCCUGUUCAUAGUACAAAUAAAAGUGGAAUAUCCGAAUCUAUAGAUACACUGAGUACUGAGUUCAUCAUUCCAGAAAUCUUUCCUACUGAAGAAGACAUGUCAACUGAGGAGGUCAUCAGAGUUAGUAGAGCCCAAGAAACAGAUGAAGCACUUAAAAAACGAGUCUCAACUAAACAAUCAUCUAUAAUGUCAUCUACAAUAGCAAUGGAAGAAGACAGCUACGUAUCUCCACAAGAAGUGAAUGAAGAAUUCCCUGUUCCGUGGUUAGAAAACUUGCAGGAUGAAGAAUCAUUCGAAAAUGCUUAUCAGAGAGCAGUACUAACCAACAAUAUUCAACAAAUCGACAGAGUUCAAACUUGCAAAAUCACAGAACUUGAAGUCUUAAAAAUGAAAUCUGAUAUUAAAAUACCUCACACCGUGAACGAACCUCAGAUUCCAUCACCAUAUAAGUCUCAUUCAGAUUCGGUCAGUACCGAAGUGAUCCAUUCAAUGCCGAAAGAAUCGCGUGAAAUCGAAGAAGUUGAGGAAGUUCUACCUGACGGUACGGUUGUCACAAAACGCACAGAAUCUGAAGAAACCACUCUCUCAGUUACUCCGGAUGAAUGGAAAUUGGGUGUACAGGCAGCAAUUGAGUCUGGAGGUUAUUUGGUUGAAAAACCAGAAGAAAUCACAGAAGUGGAACAAGUUGAAGAAACACUAGCUGAUGGAACUAUAAUAACUCGCUUAAUAACAACAAAAAAAGUGGUUGAUAGAGUUUUUGAACGUUCAAUUUCAGAAGAGCAGUCCGUAUCAUCUGGUGUGAAUGAAGAAUUGUUUGUAGAAACAGAUUCAACGAUACCUGAAGUUUCAACUACAGAAGACCAAUUUUUCUAUCAUGACCAAAAACUUCAAGAAGAACAGAAUAAUGACUUAAGUAAACCAGGGACUAUUUUACCAAAUUUAACAGACAAUAAACGGAAAGAGCAAAUAACUAUUUCAGAGACUGGUAGAAAAACCAACGAUAUCAAAGAUAUACUAACUGAAAAUGAAAUACAAGUUACACAAUCCGGGCAUGAUGGAAAAUCAACACACGUAUUCAAGGAAGAAUACAUAAUUUCAGCAGAAGAAACAGAACAUACAGAAACAAGGAAAAAUAGACAAUUACAACACGCAACACUAGAACAGGAAGACUACACAAUAGGCGAAGCAAAAAUAGAAGAAAAUACAAACGAAACGGAACGAAAAUUAGCAGCUAUUAAAACAAAUUCAAAGGACCUAGAAGAAAUUGACGGCGGCGCCAUCAAAAAAUCAAUAUCCAAAGAAAAGAAGUACAAGAGAAACAUCAUUGAUGAAAACCAAAUAAAAAGCGAAAUAGGAGUAAGAACAAAAAUAAAAGAAAGAGCGAUGAAAGAAAGUAAAAUAAAAAAACUGAAACACAUAAAAAGUCCAAAAGAUGAAGAAGAACAAGAAAACGACAUACAUGAAAAUCAACAAACAAAAACAUAUCAAAUACAGAAAGAGGAAGAAAAAGCCAGAAAAGCAACACAUAUAAAAAGCGAACGUGAGAUGGAGGCGGAAUAUGGUGAAGUUGGUGAAGGCGUAUUUGAAGGGGAGACGGAAGCCGAGUCGGCAGUCGAAGUGUUCGGUGAGAGAUUGGGGCAAGUUGAAGCGGACGCAGAAAGUGAAGCGGUAGAACAGGUUGAAUCGGAACGUGUGUCUGUGUUCGCUCCAGUCGAAUUGGAGUCUGAGGCGCUUGCAGAGACUGCAGCACAACCGGAACGGGAACGAUUGGUUGAGCGUGUCGGUGAGAUGGAGGCGGAAUAUGGUGAAGUUGGUGAAGGCGUAUUUGAAGGGGAGACGGAAGCCGAGUCGGCAGUCGAAGUGUUCGGUGAGAGAUUGGGGCAAGUUGAAGCGGACGCAGAAAGUGAAGCGGUAGAACAGGUUGAAUCGGAACGUGUGUCUGUGUUCGCUCCAGUCGAAUUGGAGUCUGAGGCGCUUGCAGAGACUGCAGCACAACCGGAACGGGAACGAUUGGUUGAGCGUGUCGGUGAGAUGGAGGCGGAAUAUGGUGAAGUUGGUGAAGGCGUAUUUGAAGGGGAGACGGAAGCCGAGUCGGCAGUCGAAGUGUUCGGUGAGAGAUUGGGGCAAGUUGAAGCGGACGCAGAAAGUGAAGCGGUAGAACAGGUUGAAUCGGAACGUGUGUCUGUGUUCGCUCCAGUCGAAUUGGAGUCUGAGGCGCUUGCAGAGACUGCAGCACAACCGGAACGGGAACGAUUGGUUGAGCGUGUCGGUGAGAUGGAGGCGGAAUAUGGUGAAGUUGGUGAAGGCGUAUUUGAAGGGGAGACGGAAGCCGAGUCGGCAGUCGAAGUGUUCGGUGAGAGAUUGGGGCAAGUUGAAGCGGACGCAGAAAGUGAAGCGGUAGAACAGGUUGAAUCGGAACGUGUGUCUGUGUUCGCUCCAGUCGAAUUGGAGUCUGAGGCGCUUGCAGAGACUGCAGCACAACCGGAACGGGAACGAUUGGUUGAGCGUGUCGGUGAGAUGGAGGCGGAAUAUGGUGAAGUUGGUGAAGGCGUAUUUGAAGGGGAGACGGAAGCCGAGUCGGCAGUCGAAGUGUUCGGUGAGAGAUUGGGGCAAGUUGAAGCGGACGCAGAAAGUGAAGCGGUAGAACAGGUUGAAUCGGAACGUGUGUCUGUGUUCGCUCCAGUCGAAUUGGAGUCUGAGGCGCUUGCAGAGACUGCAGCACAACCGGAACGGGAACGAUUGGUUGAGCGUGUCGGUGAGAUGGAGGCGGAAUAUGGUGAAGUUGGUGAAGGCGUAUUUGAAGGGGAGACGGAAGCCGAGUCGGCAGUCGAAGUGUUCGGUGAGAGAUUGGGGCAAGUUGAAGCGGACGCAGAAAGUGAAGCGGUAGAACAGGUUGAAUCGGAACGUGUGUCUGUGUUCGCUCCAGUCGAAUUGGAGUCUGAGGCGCUUGCAGAGACUGCAGCACAACCGGAACGGGAACGAUUGGUUGAGCGUGUCGGUGAGAUGGAGGCGGAAUAUGGUGAAGUUGGUGAAGGCGUAUUUGAAGGGGAGACGGAAGCCGAGUCGGCAGUCGAAGUGUUCGGUGAGAGAUUGGGGCAAGUUGAAGCGGACGCAGAAAGUGAAGCGGUAGAACAGGUUGAAUCGGAACGUGUGUCUGUGUUCGCUCCAGUCGAAUUGGAGUCUGAGGCGCUUGCAGAGACUGCAGCACAACCGGAACGGGAACGAUUGGUUGAGCGUGUCGGUGAGAUGGAGGCGGAAUAUGGUGAAGUUGGUGAAGGCGUAUUUGAAGGGGAGACGGAAGCCGAGUCGGCAGUCGAAGUGUUCGGUGAGAGAUUGGGGCAAGUUGAAGCGGACGCAGAAAGUGAAGCGGUAGAACAGGUUGAAUCGGAACGUGUGUCUGUGUUCGCUCCAGUCGAAUUGGAGUCUGAGGCGCUUGCAGAGACUGCAGCACAACCGGAACGGGAACGAUUGGUUGAGCGUGUCGGUGAGAUGGAGGCGGAAUAUGGUGAAGUUGGUGAAGGCGUAUUUGAAGGGGAGACGGAAGCCGAGUCGGCAGUCGAAGUGUUCGGUGAGAGAUUGGGGCAAGUUGAAGCGGACGCAGAAAGUGAAGCGGUAGAACAGGUUGAAUCGGAACGUGUGUCUGUGUUCGCUCCAGUCGAAUUGGAGUCUGAGGCGCUUGCAGAGACUGCAGCACAACCGGAACGGGAACGAUUGGUUGAGCGUGUCGGUGAGAUGGAGGCGGAAUAUGGUGAAGUUGGUGAAGGCGUAUUUGAAGGGGAGACGGAAGCCGAGUCGGCAGUCGAAGUGUUCGGUGAGAGAUUGGGGCAAGUUGAAGCGGACGCAGAAAGUGAAGCGGUAGAACAGGUUGAAUCGGAACGUGUGUCUGUGUUCGCUCCAGUCGAAUUGGAGUCUGAGGCGCUUGCAGAGACUGCAGCACAACCGGAACGGGAACGAUUGGUUGAGCGUGUCGGUGAGAUGGAGGCGGAAUAUGGUGAAGUUGGUGAAGGCGUAUUUGAAGGGGAGACGGAAGCCGAGUCGGCAGUCGAAGUGUUCGGUGAGAGAUUGGGGCAAGUUGAAGCGGACGCAGAAAGUGAAGCGGUAGAACAGGUUGAAUCGGAACGUGUGUCUGUGUUCGCUCCAGUCGAAUUGGAGUCUGAGGCGCUUGCAGAGACUGCAGCACAACCGGAACGGGAACGAUUGGUUGAGCGUGUCGGUGAGAUGGAGGCGGAAUAUGGUGAAGUUGGUGAAGGCGUAUUUGAAGGGGAGACGGAAGCCGAGUCGGCAGUCGAAGUGUUCGGUGAGAGAUUGGGGCAAGUUGAAGCGGACGCAGAAAGUGAAGCGGUAGAACAGGUUGAAUCGGAACGUGUGUCUGUGUUCGCUCCAGUCGAAUUGGAGUCUGAGGCGCUUGCAGAGACUGCAGCACAACCGGAACGGGAACGAUUGGUUGAGCGUGUCGGUGAGAUGGAGGCGGAAUAUGGUGAAGUUGGUGAAGGCGUAUUUGAAGGGGAGACGGAAGCCGAGUCGGCAGUCGAAGUGUUCGGUGAGAGAUUGGGGCAAGUUGAAGCGGACGCAGAAAGUGAAGCGGUAGAACAGGUUGAAUCGGAACGUGUGUCUGUGUUCGCUCCAGUCGAAUUGGAGUCUGAGGCGCUUGCAGAGACUGCAGCACAACCGGAACGGGAACGAUUGGUUGAGCGUGUCGGUGAGAUGGAGGCGGAAUAUGGUGAAGUUGGUGAAGGCGUAUUUGAAGGGGAGACGGAAGCCGAGUCGGCAGUCGAAGUGUUCGGUGAGAGAUUGGUGCAAGUUGAAGCGGACGCAGAAAGUGAAGCGGUAGAACAGGUUGAAUCGGAACGUGUGUCUGUGUUCGCUCCAGUCGAAUUGGAGUCUGAGGCGCUUGCAGAGACUGCAGCACAACCGGAACGGGAACGAUUGGUUGAGCGUGUCGGUGAGAUGGAGGCGGAAUAUGGUGAAGUUGGUGAAGGCGUAUUUGAAGGGGAGACGGAAGCCGAGUCGGCAGUCGAAGUGUUUCGGUGA